AUGGCUGUGACCGAGAUCGCUUCCGCCCCCAGGGAUCGCUGGCUUCACACGCAAGAAGAGCUUAUGAAAUUUUCGGCCUCCCGCAAGCACAUGACCUACGAGCAGGAGCUUACUCUCCGCCAGAAAAUCGGUCGCUUCAUCAAUGGGAUCGCCGAUCGGCUCAACGCGAAUGUCGAAAGGCAAUUCCAGUUUCGUACGAUGUCGAUCUGCUCAGCUAUUGUCCACGCCAAUCGCUUCUUCUACGUGCACUCGUUCCGCAAUAUCGACCUUCGGGACGUCUGCUUGGCCGCCGUUUUUCUCACGGCAAAAUCGGACGAUUGCCCGCGCAGCCCACGCUCGAUUCUCGUCGCUUCGUGGCCGUUGCGUUUCGGUGUGUCGAAGAUCCCGGACAAGCUUUACGAUGCGGCCGUUGGUCGAAUGUCUUUUUUUGAAACGAUGCUGCUACAGACGAUCGGAUUCGAUCUGAUGCUCGACCUGCCGCAUCCACACGUCUUAAAACAGAUGGAGGCGCUGGAUGCCGGCUACAUCCGGGAAGCGGCCUAUUUCUUCGCCUCUGAUGUACUUGCAUAUACGGAUUGGUCGAUCCGCUACACGGCAGCCGAGAUCGCUGCCAUCGUCGUGUACGCUGUCUGUAUCUGGGCAAAGCAUCCGUUGCCCGACAUGAGCGUCGAACAGCCGUGGUUCCAGGUGCUCGCCCCGCAGCUCACCGAGGCCGAUUUGCUGAGUAAUGAACAAUUGAUAAACAGUACGUAUUACUUUUUUGAUGGGAUCAUCGAGUUCGUAGCACUCUACGAGAAGCUGCCCACGGCGGACCGGCCAAGAAAUGUGAAGGAUCGAAUCAAGGCUGCG